AUGUCUUGGAAAGAAGACACUGAUUGUUGCUCAUUGGAUGGGAUCUUAUGUGAUAUUGAGACUAGUGAUGUAAUUGGCCUUGACCUUAGUUAUAGUGGGCUUUACAGGAACAAUUCUUCCAAUGGUAAUCAACUCAUUGGGCCAACUCCAUCUUAUGUCAAUGCCCUUCAAAAUUUAGCUUAUACUGGUUUAGCUCUCAACAAUCUCAAUGCUACUACACCAUCUUGGAUAUUUGAUCAACAAUUUUUGGAAGGUUUGGAAGUUAGUGAUAACGAAUUAAUUGGCCAUAUUAAUCAAUUUCAAAGUAAAUCUUUGGUAGACAUUGCAUUGGAUAAUAAUAAACUGAAUGACUCUAUUUCAAGUUCAGUCUUUGAACAGCUGAAUUUGGCUUCUCUCUCACUUUCUUUAAACAAUUUUAGUGGAACUGUUGUGCUUCACUUAUUCUCAAAGCUAAAAGACCUUGUUUUGCUUGAUCUUUCUCAUAAUAAUCUAUCAAUUAACAAUGCAUUCAAGGUCAACUUAUCAUUUUCACAAGUUUGGACUUUGAUGUUAUCUGGUUGUAAUUUGAGUGAAUUUCUAGACCUUUUUUCAAACAAGUUCCAACGAUCACUCCCAAUUCCACCACCUUCUUCGAUAGUCUUAUUAUUGUCAAACAACAAAUUGAUUGGGGAGAUACCACCUUUGAUCUGCAAUUUGAGUACCAUAACAAUUCUAGAUCUUUCUAAUAAUAGCUUCAAUGGCAACAUUCCAAAAUGCAUGGGAAACUUUAGCAAUCUUCAUGUGUUGGAUUUAAGGAAAAAUAAAUUCAGUGGCACCAUUCCAAGAAGCUUUGCAAAGCACAACCCAUUGAAGACUUUCAACUUCAACAAGAAUGAAUUGGAAGGGCCAAUCCCACGAUCCUUGGUCAAUUGUAUGAUGCUUGAAGUUCUAGAUAUCGACCACAAUAAGGUAAUUGAUCCCUUCCCAUAUUGGCUACAAAGUCAUCCUGAAUUGCAAGUUCUUAUACUUCAUUCAAAUAAAUUUUACAGUUCUAUAUCGGAUUGCUUAGAGACGAAGCAUUGUUUUCCUAAGUUGAAAAUAUUUGACAUUUCAAACAACAAAUUUGGUGGUCCAUUGCCAGCUUGGUAUUUCAAAAAUCUUCAAGCGAUGAAGGAUGUUAGUGAAGCUGAGAGAAAGUUGCAAUAUAUGGGUUAA